CUGCUGCGACAGUUCUCAAACCAGCACCUAUGACCAGCACACCCCGUGGCUAGCUGUGCUAACAUCACUAUAACAACGGCGUGAAAGCGAUGGACUCUUCGGGUUGAACUGAUACACACACAAGACGAAGCUCCUCAGAUACCAACGAACAAGACACACGCCUUUUUUGUGACCAACUGCUUCAUCCAAACGGCCUCAAAAAUGGAAGACCAAGUGACAAUAAUCACCAACCCCCUUGUGAAUGUGCGCAUUACGAGCACUGUCUACGCUGUGGAGGUUCAGCGCAGGUUCAACAGGGGGCUGUGCAUCGCUGACCUUAAGGGAAGGUUGGAGAUGGCUGUGGGCACACCUGCCGGCUCCAUGGAUCUGGAGUUAUACAGUGUCUCAGACAAGUUGUUGCUGAAAAUGGACAACAAUGAAGCUUUGCUGGGCUCCUAUCCUGUGGAUGAUGACUGCAGAAUACAUGUUAUUGAUAAUAGUGGACAACAGGUGGGCGAGUUUACCGAUGUUUCCGAAGUGGAGAAGUUUGAACUCUCAGAACGAGACUACGAAAAAAGAACAGACUCAGCAAGGUCGUUCAUGAAGAGAAACCGUGUGGGCCGCUUCAAUGAGGAAGAAACAGCCAAGAAGCAAGCAGAGGUGGCUGCUCGGGAGAACGAACAGAAGGCUGCUGCUGAGGCCAUUUCUGUUGGCAACCGAUGCCAAGUGCUGGUCCCCGGGCAGCCCACAAAGGUUGCCACGGUCAUGUAUGUUGGUACAACCGAUUUCAAGCCAGGCUACUGGGUGGGUGUAAAGUAUGAUGAGCCCCUGGGAAAACACAAUGGAACUGUUCAAGAGAAGCAAUAUUUUGACUGUGAGAUGAAAUAUGGUGCAUUUGUGAAGCCUUUGAAUGUGACGGUGGGAGACUUUCCAGAGGAGGAUUAUGGUAUAGAUGAGAUGUAGGACAAUGUGGUGGCUUUUUUUCUGUCACACUUAACGUAUGCAUUCAUCAAUCUGCAGAGGAAUGGGAGCUGUUUUUAUUUUAACAAAUUGAAUAAUGUUUUGUUUGCUAGUUGGUUUUUCUCAAACUACGCUGGAAGGUUUGAUUCAAAUGGAUUUAUGCCUCAUUAACUCCACUGCAACACAACACAAGUGACAAUUGGGUAGUUGUGUCUCUGGGUAUUGGAUGAUAGUAAUACAGGUUAAUCACAACAUAUCGAAGGCUCAUAUGUAGCUUUUCACUUAACACGAAUUGUCUUGCUUUGAUUGCACUACCAUGUAUUCCCAAGAUUGAUGUCAUCUGACAACUAUUUCCCCAUGGUUCAGUUUAUAUUUCUCUUUACGAAGAUGAUUGUAUGUAACUGUUCACAGUCAACUGUAAUCUUCACAGUUUUUGAAUACUAAAUUGCUGAGAGUGGUGACUGUACUGAAUGAAAAAUGUACUGGAAAAUAUUUUGACACUAAAAUAAGAGCAGCAUUGUUGCUGGUAUCCCUGACAACUGUUAUGUUCAGUUGAGUUAAACUGGAAAAAAUGUUAGAAGUUGUUUAUUAAAAACAUUCUCCUCAUUUUUCUUAUGUUGAAAAUGUUUGUUGAUCAAAUCUCUUCCUAUAUGCAGUUGAUGCCAGGAAUAAAAGUGUCAAAGUAGGCAAUGGUAUAUAUUUCCUUUCUAAAUGGCUUUGAAUUCCUUAAAAGUCCUGUUUUGUUUGUAUGUGGUUUGUAAAACAGUCCCAUUAUUUUGGCUUCCAAGUGGAUAUGGGAUUAAAAUAUCUUUUUUUCACUGACUGAAUUCCUAUUCUCAAAUAUUAAAUCGUCUGCACUUUAAUGUAUCCUGCUUACAUUGAACCACUGAAAUAAAAAACAACGUUUCAACAUUA